AUGGUUAAAGAUCUUGUAAUUCUCGCAUACUCUGGUGGCUUAGACACUAGUUGUAUAUUAAAAUGGCUAAUACAAAAGAACUACGAAGUUGUCUGUUUCAUGGCAGAUGUCGGACAAAAUGAGGACUUCGAAAAAGCUAAAAAGAAAGCUGUAGCAGUUGGUGCCAAAGAUGUGAUCGUAGAAGAUCUUCGUAAAGAGUUUGUAUGUAAUUAUAUGCUGCCUGCAGUACAAAUGGGACUUGUCUACGAAAGUCGUUACUACUUGGGAACAUCACUUGCCCGACCAUGUAUAACCGUCGGCCUCGUAAACACUGCUAAAAAUUUAGGCGCUAAAUACAUAGCCCACGGAGCCACUGGAAAGGGAAAUGACCAAGUGCGGUUUGAAUUAAGCAUGUAUUCGUUAUGGCCAGAAGGAAAGAUUAUAGCACCGUGGCGCAUCCCUGAAUUCUUCCAGAGGUUUCAGGGAAGAAGUGACUUGAUUGAGUUCGCUAAAAAAGAAAAUAUACCCGUUUCAGCUACGCCAAAAGAACCUUGGUCCACAGACGAAAAUAUUAUGCAUAUUAGUUACGAAUCUGGGGUAUUGGAGGAUCCCGCUGCCAUUCCACCAGGUGGCAUAUUUAAAAUGACACGAGACUUAGCAAAGGCUGAUGAUUAUGCGAGCGUUUUGGAUAUACAUUUUGAAAAAGGAUUGCCUGUUUCUUUACGAAUUCCAAGUGGUCACGAAAUGGCUCUUCACGUAAACGAUCCCCUUGUUAUUGUAGAAACAUUAAACAAACUAGGCGGCCAGCAUGGGAUUGGCAGAAUAGAUAUAGUUGAGAAUCGUUUUCUUGGAUUGAAGUCCAGAGGUUUGUAUGAAACUCCGGCUGGCACCGUAUUACAUGUGGCGCACGUUGAUUUGGAAGCAUUCACCCUCGACAGAGAAGUACUGAGAGUGAAAAAAUAUCUACAAGAUAAAAUGGCUGAUUUUGUAUAUAACGGAUUUUGGUUUUCACCGGAAGCAGCGUUUACAAGGAAAUGUCUGGAACUAUCCCAGGAGUCUGUUACUGGAACUGUCACCGUUCAGUUAUUCAAAGGAAACGUUACCGUUCUGGCAAGAAAAAGUCCAAAUAGUUUAUACAACAAGGACCUGGUGUCCAUGGAUAUCGCUGGAGGCUUUUCUCCUGAAGAUAGUACCGGUUUUAUCAACAUUAACGCAAUUCGCUUGAAAGAAUUUGCAAGAUUAUCCAAUCUGAAAUAAAUAUAGAUAAUGGCUUAAAGUUGAUUUAAAUGUAAUAAUAUUUUUGA